AUGAACAUUUUUGCGAUACAAAUCUACAAAAGACACGAGAAAAUUCGACAAAAUUGCAUCAAUAUUCUUCUUGUAAGCCUUGCCGUUACUGAUCUUAUCGUUGGAGUUGUCCAUCUUCCAUUUGUGAUCACUUGUGAGACAUAUUUAAUCAGUGUUUCAACUAGCAGUGUUUAUCGAAAGAUAAUAAUCGCUAUUUGGUUUUUUUCACUUGUAUUUUCAAUGAUACCGAUGCCUUGGAUAUAUGGAAGUCUUCGUUAUACGCCAUCAUUUUCUCAGUUUUUCCGUUUGUAUGGUAUAGCACAAACUGCUAUCUUUUUGGGACUUGCGACGGUCAUUUUACUAUACUGCUAUGUCAGAAUGCUGUAUCAAAUUCAUACGAAGCUCGCGACACAAAAUAUUCCUGGACGUGUUCACACGAAGGCAAUAAGUGACCGCAAAACUAUCUUCGUAUUCUUGAUGUUUUUCAUGAUUUUUAUCGUUGGUUGGACGCCCUGGUUUUUCUUUAUAAAUCCUAAACAUGAAAAAUUGGUAUCUCAAGAAGUAAAGGAUUUUCUUGUUUCCUUGCGUUAUCUUGGUGCUGCGCUAAACCCACUGCUCUACUCAUUCCUGAAGAUCGACUACAAACACGCUAUCCAGGCUGACUUCAAAAAAAUCUUCGUAUGGUGGGCUUCGGCACCUGUAGGUUUUCAAACGAUGACGCAAAGCAGCACGAUACAACGAGCAAAAAAUACAUCAAGAAAGGGCACUUUGACCUCAGAUACCUUAGACAUUCACCUUACGAAAAUGAAGGCAAUAAACGAACAAGGAGAAGCUCAAAGUACCACAUCUGAAAUACCGCCUGAUGGACAUUGAUUGAUGGUUGUUGAUUUACGGACAACGUCGUACACUGGUCUGUUAAAGCAGACUCUCUUUAUGUAUAGUGAUGGAAAAUAUAGACCAUGUCUUGUUGUUUUAGAUGUUAUUAAUACUAAAUACUGUAAAUAUAAAACUGUAAACAUAUAUAUAUAAACGAACAACAAAGCGCGAGUGUCACGAGUUACGACAUUUGAACGCUAUGUGAAGGAUGUAAUUUAGUUGUAUUUCCCACGUGUAGUAGUGGUGUAAAAACAUGGCGAAGGAAGAAAAAAUGGGAAGAUUGUAUCGCUGGUUUUUAUUUCAACAUUUUAUUGAAUUAUUAUCGUUAAAAUUCACAGAUUAUAACUCAUACAUGUGAUUAAAGUUAAUUGUAAAAGUUCUCUUGGAUAAGGAAAGAAUUGUUUGUGAGCGAA